AUGAAAUGUAAAAAUUGUCAAGUUGACAAAUUAUCUCGUGAAUUUCCAGCCGACGUUAUCAGUAAUAAGUGUCAACACGUUCCUAGUUUUUGUUUAAAAUGUAUAACAAAUUAUUUGAAUGGUCGAAAUUCAAGACAAUGUCCUGAAUGUAGAACUUCUUUAAAUCAAAAAGAAAUUGAAAAUGUAAGAUUUUCAUGGGACCAAGCUUCUUUCAAGAUUGAUAUUAACAGUAUAAAUGUUAUCGAUGAUAAUAAAAAACUACCAAGUACUUCUUUCGUUAAUAGAACAAACCUCGUUGGAAAUUUCUAUGUUGUAAUGUUAGAUGGUCAUAAGAUCCAAUUAAGGUUAGAAAAGAUCAAAACUAUCCUCGCUCUUAAACAAGCGAUAAGUUCAGAAAUUAAAAUAGAAGUCACUAAACAAAAAUUAAUUUAUAAUGAAGUCGAAUUAGAGGAUUAUCAUAAAAAUCAUUUCGAAAAGAAAUUGUCAGAUUAUCAAAUUGUAGAAGGGAGUCAUAUACAAUUAAUCGUGUUACUUUACUCGAUCUCAAAAAAACAAUCACUUAAUAAUUUAACAUUUGAUUUAUUUUGGGGAUUUCCUGGAGGAUUGUGUGAUUUUUUGGAUGGUACUUGUAUGUUGUAUAAUGAUAGAACAUUUAAUAGAACAUUCGAUUAUGCUUCAAGAAUACACGGUGACCUAAAAGAUAUAUUACAUUCUGGUGAUGUGAUGGACGCUCAAAAUAAAAGAGGUCAUCAUCGUAUAACGGUCAAUUUGUCUAGUUUACCAUUAAAUAUAACAAAAUUAUAUUUUAUAUUGUCAUCAUGGAGUUCACCUAAUAUUGGGAGUUUUCCCAAUCCAAGUUUUAAAUUAUAUGAUCCAGAUAAACCUAAUGAACAGCUAUGUAGAUAUAAUAUACGAAUGGCGGCAUCUUCGCAAGCUUUAAUAAUGUGUGUUGUUUCUAAAAACAAAAUUGAUGGUAUUUGGAAUAUAUAUGAAAUUGGUAGAUUAUCUUCUGGUAAUGCUAAUAAUUAUAUACUUAUCGCAACUUUUGAUGGUAGUUGCGACGCCUGUUUUCAACCAUCUUUGCAACCACUUUGUUUCGAACAUUAUAUUUUCAUUGCUGUAAUUGCUUUCAAAUCGCAAAAUGAAAUGAAGUUUUGUGCAGAAAAAGAGAGCAAAGCAAGCUUCGGCGCAAACAUCAGAACAGCAACAAUAUUGGACUUUAUGAUGAUCCUUACGGUUGAUGAUGUAGAAUAUGAACUUGUAUUCCUGGAAUCUUCACGCCUCAUUGGUAGUACUAGUCCUGAAAAGAUUCGUGAUGGCAAUUUUAAGCUCUUGCGUGUGGUAAAUGAUGGAAUGCCUGAAAUGCAAGCCAAAAAAGGAUCAGUUUGGCAUAAUAGCUAUUCAAGUUCAGUUCUCAAUGUAUAUAGGGAACAAAAUCUGUUGUGA